GCCCCUAUUUCGUCGAGAUAUAUAUAUAUAUAUGGUCUACUUAUUACUGACCCAAAUCCAUUGUUCUCCUGUCUUCCUCUCCUUUAAAUUCAACAUCUACUUUUUUCUUCCUCAACCCUCCAAAGAGGGAGAGGGGCAUUGUCGUAAUUUCAGACAAUGUCGAAAUCCAGGUGUCUGAGCCUGACAGCAUCCCGGACGCGGUGCCUCCGGUCCAGUUUCGGGAGUUCAGGUCUCCGGUCGGUGUCGACGGACCUGGGGGACGGGACCGUGAUGCACUGCUGGGUCCCCAAGGUCCGGGACCCGACCCGGCCCGACGUGGUGUUGAUCCACGGGUUUGGGGCGAACGCGCUGUGGCAGUACAGCGACACGGUGCGGUGUCUGGCGCCCCACGCCAACGUGUACGUCCCGGACCUGGUCUUCUUCGGCGAGUCCCGGUCGGUUCACCCGGACCGGACCGAGUCGUUCCAGGCCCGGUCCGUGAACCGGGCCCUCGAGGCGAACGGCGCCGCCGGGAGGCUGUCGGUGGUGGGGCUGAGCUACGGCGGAUUCGUGGCGUACAGCAUGGCGGCGCAGUUUGGGGAACGCGUGGAGCGCGUGGUGAUCUGCUGCGCCGGCGUCUGCCUUGAGGAGAAAGAUCUGAAGGAGGGGCUGUUUCCGGUGGCUGACGUGGAGGACGCCGCCGCCAUCCUGCUGCCGCAGACGGCGGCGAAGAUGAGGGAGCUUCUUGGCUAUACCUUCGUUAAGCCCCCCAAGGGAAUCUUCUCCUGCCUCCUUGAAGAUUUCAUAGAUGAAUUGUGCAGCGAAUAUGUGGAGGAGAAGAAGGAAUUGCUCCGGGCAAUCGCCAAGGACAGAAGACUUUCAGACCUUCCAAAAAUCUCACAGCCAACAUUAAUAAUCUGGGGGGAUAAAGACAAGAUAUUCCCACUUGAACUUGCCUACAGAUUGCAGAGGCAUUUGGAAGAGAACAAGAAUGGAGUAGAGGUGGUAGUGAUAAAGAAUACAGGGCAUGCUUUCAUCCACGAGAACCCUAAGGAGUUCCACAGCCACUUGAAAUCCUUUCUUUUUGGCAGACCCAAGGUCAAACCUACUGCUUCUACUACUACUAAUAAUCACAAAUGAUUUUGGAUUAGUGCAUUAUCUAUAAUAAUAAUAUAUUUUUUUAAAUUUGGUGGAUACCAUCAAACCACCCCCCCUCGCUGUCUCUAGUCAGACUGACCCAGACAGAGAAGAGAUACAUGAGGCACGUGAAUGACGUGUUUUAUUGCACACCUCUGCCCAAGUUACUGUGUAUAUUAUACUGUGCUAUGUAUUUACUAUACAAUACAAAUAAAAUACUACAUUAUUAAAAACACAUUAAAUUUUGUACUAGUAUAAUAGUAUAGUAUAAAAUUUAAGAUACACGCUAAUAUUAUAAACAAUAUACAGUUGCUGUUUAAAUUUUA